UUUAUUUUUGAUGAUGGACCUUGAUAGAUUAUGAUCAUAUUUGACAUUAACAGGCAGCGAAAUCAUUUGCAAAUAAAAAUUUAGGCCAUAAUUUUAUUCUGAUUUUCCCUAUUUUAGUUAUAUUAUGAGUUCAGGAACUGUUUGCGUUAGCCAGGUUGAUAUACCCCCUGCCCAUAGGUUUUCCGUCCUUUUACACAACUUGAUGUAAAAUAUGCGAACAAAAUUAGUUACCUCCAUAUUGGUACACAUACUUCUGGAACGCCUAACUAUGUGCGAGUGGAGUGUCGUAGGUGGUUCACUAGCUGCUGGUUCAGUUACAGCUUCAUGUUCAUGCAUCAGAAAACAAAUAACUGGCUAACUAAUCCCACACCCAACAUGGACUGGUAACAGGACGGGAGGCUUGAUACCCAGGAUAAAUAUGUAAAUCCUAUCCAUUACCACUACUGCGGUAGGAGGCCCGACCGCUCUCCAAAAGUCAGUUUCGGGUAUGGGAUUAGCCAGUCAUUUGAUUUUCAGAUGCAUGGACUUGAUUUGAUGGUGAUGGGAGGGAAUUCGUAACGACCACUACAGCAUUAUGAUGGUGAGGAGUACAGCAAUCCUUUAACACAUAAUUAUCGUCAACUGGAUUCGAACCUGCAAACACAUGCAGGGUAAUCAGUGAUGCAAUGGCAAGCAUAUUGCUAAUGCUUAAAGUUAGCAUAACGUACCAUACCGCUGAGCGUAUGUGGUAUAGCAGGUUUCAAAGGGAGAAGUAAAGUACUGUAACUUUUGUUGCUACUCUGAGAGAAUGGCAUGUGUUCAUUCAAGUUUUGUUUACUGCAUUGCUAUAGCAGUACAGGGUGUGUAUCACUCAAGGUUUCAUAACAAACGAGAAAAUUUUUCCAUGUUUGUCUCAUUUGUGGACUCCCAUAACACAACCUGUUGGCAUGACUGACAGUUCAUCUUGAUUCUAAUACAGUUUACAGAAUUAACAGGAAAAACUACAGUUCGGCAUAAUGUCUGAUGAUACUUUCAUUCGCUAUAUUGAUAUACCAAGUAAAGAAUUGUCAAGACUCGCAAUUCACCAGGAAAAGGUUGGUGAUGUUGGCUGUGUCGUUUGGGAUGCAGCUUUGGUCCUUGCUUACUACCUUCAAACACAGAAAGCGAGGGAUCAUUUUGUUCGUAACAAAAAUGUUAUCGAACUAGGUGCUGGAACUGGUAUUGUUGGUUUGGUUGCUGCAGCGUGUGGCGCAAAGCUGGUCGUAUUAACCGACCUUCCUGAACUUCUGCCACUUCUACAGAAGAAUGUAGUAGAAAACCAAGAAGUUUUUAAGGAAAAUGACCGUAACGUCAAUAUAUUCCAGUUACGAUGGGGCAAUAUUGAUGAUAUGAAUGCAAUAGUUAAAAACACUUUUAUAUACAGCAAAGACAAUAGCAUGAAGAAUGAGUUUCACUGUGUUUUGCUGGCUGAUUGUGUGUAUUAUGAUGAAGCAGUGGAACCACUUGCUAUAACCAUUAAUCACAUCAUUAAGACCAGCUUAAAUGACACAAUUGUGCUUUGUUGCUUUGAAGACCGUGACACUGGGAAUAAGCAAGAACUUCAAGAACGCUUUAGAUAUAUUUUAAGCAAAAAAUUCAAAUUAAAGAUUCAUCAAGUACCCUAUUCAGAUAUGCAUGAUGAGUUCCGCUCACCAGAUAUUCACAUAUUUCGCAUUUCAAAAUAAAGUAGCACCAUGCUUGCUUUCAGACUACCACCAGUGAUAUCAGGAUGUUUUACUGAAAGACUGCAUUUAAUAUGCCAGCCAGUUUAACACAUUUCAGCUUUUGAAUUAGGAAUUAUUUGGUUUUAACCAUGAUCGGCUGGCAUAUGUAAAUUACAAAAACACAAUUACAUAAAGAUCAAUUUUUUGAAAAAGAUAACAAAAUUAUUUUAUAGUCAAGUGCAGCUGGAACUGAAUUUACUACUAUUUUGUAUGUAUUCUGAAAUAAAAUAUUAGAGCAUUCAAUUUGUAUUUUCGCAAAUAAACCAUUUCGAAUUAUUGCCAAAUGUGACAAUUUCAUUCGUUCCAGUCACCCCUCUCCAUUAAUCUGCGUUCAAAAACAGUGAAAACCCGUCAAAAAUCCUGUUUUUUUCCCCUCCCGGUAAAUUCCUCUUGUUCCAUGCUCAUGUGUGUCAAAUUCUGCCUUUAAUAUUAGGGUAUGCGUAUUACGCUUUGGCGAAGAAAAUAUAAAAAAUAUUGGUUGACAUUUCAUGCACAAGGUCAAAUACUUAUUAUAUAUUAUGUCUUAUUUCUAGUAAUUUUAUGUGACAAAGUCUACCAGAUCAUGCUUGUUUCGGUACAAACAUACCCAUGGAAUGGAUUAUCCUUCUCGACAGAGGGCAGCGCACAUAAUUCAAUAACUACCGUAUAUUAGUGAUAAGAACGGGAACAGAACUUCGCUUUGAUGGUCCGAAUUUGUUGUUGUCAUCCAGUUAUUCUCUUGUAAU